AUGAUGCAUCCACGUCUUUCCAAAGACGCUGGAUUUGAUUUCCUCCCGAGUGAGAUGACCGUGCGGGACAUCACAACGUGGCUGGAACUACGCACUGCUGAUCGUGAUGCACCAUUCUACGCCGCAAAGUAUUACAAGCCUGGGAAGACAGCUGGACAGCUCGAUUUCAAGCCCCCAAGAACACCGAUUCAAGUCGCACUGGUGAUUUCUAGCGGCAGUUGGGAGCAACGGGAGGAGACUCUCCUCGAAGCCGAAAGCGAGGAUCUCACUGACUGCAACAAUCCUAUUGAUCGCAAGAAGCAGAGACAUCCAGAAAAGCGAAAGCAGUCAAGGCACCAGCCAAGGAAGGAUGCUUCCGAAGCCUCCGUUUCGGUUUCGUUGUCCUGUGUCUCUGCGACAGUAGACUCCUCUGUCGGGGAGUUCACCAUUGAGGACAAACCUGGGAUACUGAGGAAGCGUGCCGAAUUUCCAACUCUGGUGCACGUGCCGGUGCCUGCUCCUGUCUCUCCUUCCAAAGUUGGCGAGCUAGCACCUGCAUCAUGGUCUCACGACGAAAAUAGUUCAGUUUCGAACAGUCCAUCAUCGGAAACUCCCCAGACCCCAACGCAGAGCAUCUCCAGAAAGCGAUCUCACCCGGGGUACCGCUCACCAGAUGAGGCCGAUUUUGCAAGGCUUCGGAAAUCGCUCAGCAUUGGGGAUGUCCCCACGUGUGAGCGCGUCAUGUUCUUUUGUGUCAUUCCCCGGUCGAUGGAGGCACUCUUUGCAAGUGCCGCAAUGAAAUUCUCAUGCGACCCUGCCUGGUCUGAGUCCGGCACGUUGACGGUGAUUCUGAGCGUCUCGCUGGGCCAUGGGAGCUUCAAGGAUGCGCACGAGGGCUUUCUGACUCUCCAUCGUCCUCCAAUCGAGGGAAUCAGCUCAUUGGCAAAUCAGCGUGUUGCCUCAAAGCGUGUCAUUGACACCAGCAGACGUGCCGAAAACACGGAGUUGAAGCGCUACAAGCCGGCCCUUGAGCUGCAACACAGCGUGUGCGAGGCAAACCUGCUGCUCUGGGCCACCUCAUUACUCGAUCUCUCUUACGCGUUCAUCGAGGCGCGUAUCAAACGUGAUGGACCACCCCGGCUACGCUGA